AUGCAUACGUUUAUUGUCACAUGAUAUUUUGUUUCACCAGUGGAAUGUAGACCAACCGAAAGCAGCAUUUUAUCAUAAACUGAUGUAACAUUAAAUGGAACUGUCAUCUCGGUGACAUGACAGCAGCUUGUCACCACCAUGUCUCUCAGGGGCGACCGUACCUCCGUGUUCACAUUCCAGUCUGCGGUUCAUAGUUCCCACGUCCUGACGCGUCUCAACGACCAGAGACUGAGGGAUGUGUUGUGUGAUGUUACACUAGUGGCAGGUGGCAGGACGUUCAGGGCCCACUGCUCUGUACUGGCCUCCUGUAGUGACUACUUCCACAGCAGGAUCAUCAACCACACCAGCCCCAGCCUGGUGGUCACUCUGCCUGAUCAGGUAACAGCAGAGGGGUUUGAACCAUUGCUACAGUUCUGCUACACCUCCAAGCUGCUCUUCACCAAAGACAAUAUCGUGGCCAUCCACAGGUGUGCCGGGCUCCUGGGGUUCCACAACCUGGAGACUAGCUGCUUCGACUUCCUUCUGCCAAAGUUCCUGGAGGGUAGCAACAUUACAGCCCAGGAGGCAAGAAGAAGAAGAGGAGGCUGCUGUCAGGGCAGGUCCCAGAUCAGGUCCUCCAACCAGGGAAGAUUGCCUAGUUGCCGGUCCUCCAACCAGAGGAGGUCCCCCAGUGUCGAUUCAGCCCACUGUACAGGCUGUCAGUCCCAAAGCAGGACCCCCAACCAGAGCAUGACCCCCAGCCAGGGCAUGUUGCCUGGUGGCAUGACCCCCAGCCAGGGCAUGUUGCCUAGUGGCAUGACCCCCAGCCAGGGCAUGUUGCCAAGUGGCAGUUUAGCCCACAAUACAGACACAAACAGAGAUGGAGAGCAGCAGGUUAUACCUCAUCCCCAGAACACAGGCGCAGGCCAGACAACAGGAAGUGAUGUCAGGAACAUAGGAAGUGACUUCGGGGCACAGUGUUCAGCUGCCAACCCAAGUGGAACAAUGUCCCCACAGCCACACCAGAGGUUAACAGUGCCUUCGGACGGAAACUUACAAAUAGACUUCCAGUCGUCAUCCCGAUGUACAAAGACCCUGGCCUUGCUAGUCAACUCGGGCAGCAGUGGUCAGGAGCAGUUCUGUUUGCAGACCUGUGGCCCCAACAUGUCACCCUUAUCUCUCGGGGGACUGACGUCCUCCAGUGGUCUUGGUGUCUGUCCCAUCCUGGCCAUGCCGUGUCCUGGUGGUGUUGACCGUAAGCCAGACCCUGACACCGUUUUCAGUGAUCGAGACAUCCUAGGGAUGGAGGCAGCGGUGUGUCCCGUGACGAUGGGUGAGGAGAGUCUGAGAGAUUGCCCACUCUCCUGUGAGCUGCCGUCCCAUGACGAUGUGAGCCCAUCAGACCUUAUUGAGGCAGCGGUUGGAGAGAUGGAUGAUGACCAGCCUGUCGUUGGGAGUCUGAUGGCUGAUGAAGCUGGGUGUAACCCAGGUUCCUGUAGCACGUGCCCACUAAGAGGCUCAGGAGUGGUAGAGGAGGCUGAGCUACAGCAACCUGUAUUGGAUCUCCUGGCAAUACACAAAAGCCCUAACUCAGAAAAUAGUGAGGGGGAGAGCCAUGGUGGAUGCCUUAUGUUCCCAAGGCCACGACGAUUAGGUCAAGUAGGUCAGCUACCUGUGUUAAUGCAGAGAGAGGACCCUGGUCUGGAUGGCAGCGUGGCUGUUGGGGGUCAUCUCCCUGACUCCGCCCUCACUGACCCCUCCCUCUCUGACCCCACCCUCUGUGGUCUUACCCCUGAUGGUAGGGGGUACGGACUUGGAGAGCGGAGCAGCGUGGAGAGGGAGGUGGCUGAACAUCUGGCCAAGGGUUUCUGGCCUGAUUUAUGCCCCUCACAGACUGAACCUCUCCCUAGUCUCCCUAAUCUGGACACCAUGGAGCACGGAGGACUGGGUAGAGUUCCUGAUCUGGACACCAUGGAGCACGAAGGUCUGGGGGGAGUUCCUAAUCUGGACACCAUGGAGCACGGAGGUCUGGGUAGAGUUCCUAAUCUGAACACCAUGGAGCACGGAGGUCUGGGUAGAGUUCCUAAUUUGAACACCAUGGAGCACGGAGGUCUGGGGAGAGUUCCUAAUCUGGACACUAUGGACCACAGUGGUCUUGGAAAGGCUGCAGACUUCCCCUGGCAGCUAGACCUGAACUCAAAUCCAGCAGACUGUCCCUUCCUUAGAGACCUGGGGACAGGAGAGGCAGGGGGCAUGGAGGGGAUGGAAGAGGUGGGGGAGAUGGGUAAGGUAGGACAGACAGGUGGGAUGGGUGGGGUGGAAGAGACAGGGGAGGCCCAGACCCCCGGUGGGAACCACAGCCUGUCCCAGUCUGAGAUGAGUCCCUACAUGUCAUCUGUUAACUCAGGAGAGGACUCAGACGGAGACCUGGACACAGACGGAGACACGGAGAGAGAGGUCAACAACAGGAGAGCACGAGAGGUUUGUCUGCCCUUCCCGGUGGUUCAGAUCUCGUCAGUCAGUCGUAGUGCCUUCCAGCAGCUCCUCAGAUGCCAACAGCUGACCCACGAACAGCUGGAAUUCGUCCACGACGUCCGUCGGCGCAGCAAGAACCGCGUGGCUGCCCAGCGCUGUCGCAAGAGGAAGCUAGAAGGCAUCGGUAAACUUCAGACUGAGAUCGGCACACUGAGAGGAGAGAAGAAGAGGUUGCUGGAGGAGCGGGGCCACCUGCAGAGGAACAUGGAGGAGACGUUACAGAGUCUGACAGGGCUGUGUCAGAGCGUCUGCGACGAGGCAGGGUUCUGUCAUGAGCAGGACCAGCUACAGCUCCUAGCCAAGCUCCAGUCUCCUGACGUCCCUGUCUCAGCCCUCCUCAACACUCUGGCCUCCCCUGGCCUCCCCCUGGAACUGAUGCCAGUUAGCUUAGAGCCCCAACCCCUGCCUAUACCACCAGCACAGCCCUAGACACAAUCACAGCCCCAACCCCUGCCUAUACCACAACCACGAGCACAGCCCUAGACACAAUCACAGCCCCAACCCCUGCCUAUACCACAACCACGAGCACAGCCCUAGACACAAUCACAGCCCCAACCCCUGCCUAUACCACAACCACGAGCACAGCCCUAGACACAAUCACAGCCCCAACCCCUGCCUAUACCACAACCACGAGCACAGCCCUGGACCCAAUCACAGCCCCAACCCCUGCCUAUACCACAACCACGAGCACAGCCCUAGACACAAUCACAGCCCCAACCCCUGCCUAUACCACAACCACGAGCACAGCCCUGGACCCAAUCACAGCCCCAACCCCUGCCUAUACCACAACCACCUGCACAGCCCUGGACCCAAUCACAGCCCCAACCCCUGCCUAUACCACCAGCACCAGCACAGCCCUAGACCCAAUCACAGCCCCAACCCCUGCCUAUACCACCAGCACAGCCCUAGACCCAAUCACAGCCUCAACCCCUGCCUAUACCACAACCACGAGCACAGCCCUAGACCCAAUCACAGACCCACCACUGCCCCAACCUGCCCUAGAGAACUGCCCCAAGGCUGUCCCAACCUGCCCUAGAGAACUGCCCCAUCCUGCCCCAGAGAACUGCCCCAUCCUGCCCCAGAGAACUGCCCCAUCCUGCCCCAGAGAACUGCCCCAUCCUGCCCCAGAGAACUGCCCCAUCCUGCCCCAGAGAACUGCCCCAUCCUGCCCCAGAGAACUGCCCCAUCCUGCCUCAGAGAACUGCCCCAGAGAACUGCCCCAUCCUGCCUCAGAGAACUGCCCCAUCCUGCCCCAGAGAACUGCCUAGCGCUACAUAGCAACAUAUAAAUCCAGAGCCAUACACUGUAUAGACUAUAGAUAAUCUAGAUCUGUUAUUGGAUAUAACUCUAUACUGUAUAGAUAAUAUAGAUCUGUUAUUGGAUAUAACUCUAUACUGUAUAUAUAAUCUAGAUCUGUUAUUGGAUAUAACUCUAUACUGUAUAGAUAAUAUAGAUCUGUUAUUGGAUAUAACUCUAUACUGUAUAGAUAAUAUAGAUCUGUUAUUGGAUAUAACUCUAUACUGUAUAGAUAAUAUAGAUCUGUUAUUGGAUAUAACUCUAUACUGUAUAGAUAAUAUAGAUCUGUUAUUGGAUAUAACUCUAUACUGUAUAGAUAAUAUAGAUCUGUUAUUGGAUAUAACUCUAUACUGUAUAGAUAAUAUAGAUCUGUUAUUGGAUAUAACUCUAUACUGUAUAGAUAAUAUAGAUCUGUUAUUGGAUAUAACUCUAUACUGUAUAGAUAAUAUAGAUCUGUUAUUGGAUAUAACUCUAUACUGUAUAGAUAAUAUAGAUCUGUUAUUGGAUAUAACUCUAUACUGUAUGGCUCAGAUGAACUCUCACUGUUAUUCACUGUCUCAGUCUACGUCCCAAAUGGCACCCUAUUCAGUGCCCUACUUUUGACCAAGACCCAUAGGGCUCUGGUCAAAAGGUAGUGCACUAGUUAAGGAAAAGUCUAUUCAGUUUGAAAAUUGAAGUGGAGCAGAAUGCCAUGGUUUUUUUGGGGGGGGGGGACGGACACUUUUGAAGGACUUAGUGUAUGAACCUAUAGACUUUAGCUCAGUGGGAUUACAACACAGUGACAGCAGGACACCUGGAUUCUAACCCCGGUUCGUCGACGGGUCACAAACACCUUUUUGAAGGGUUGACUGUACCCUCUUCCCCAUGAUAUUUAUUUUAACAGGAUGUAGGAUGUGGACCUCUUCCCCAUGAUAUUUAUUGUAACAGGAUGUAGGAUGUGGACCUCUUCCCCAUGAUAUUUAUUUUAACAGGAUGUAGGAUGUGGACCUCUUCCCCAUGAUAUUUAUUGUAACAGGAUGUAGGAUGUGGACCUCUUCCUGACUACAUUUCCAUGUGCUUUUUAGCUGCCUUAACUGUACAGCAUAAUAUUCAUGUAAUUUAAAUGCAGUAUUUCUUACUUAACAUAAUAGCCAUUCAAUUUAAAUACAGUAUUUGUCAUUAGCAUAAUAGCCAUUCAAUUUAAAUACAGUAUUUGUCAUUAGCAUAAUAGCCAUUCAAUUUAAAUACAAUAUUUCUUCACUUAACAUAAAAGCAAUUCAAUUUAAAUACAGUAUUUGUCAUUAAAUUUGAGAUUCUCUGAAGGUGCACAAUACCAAGCACAAAGCCAAGAGACUUUGACCAUCAUCUCUCUUGCAUGAAUUAAUUAAUUGAAUUCAUGAAUCUCAGGAAACCACUUAGCCCAAUCUUUCUGUCCAGCCGUUCGUUCGCCCGUCCAUCAGUCGUUUUAUUCGCCGAGCGAGCUAAUGAAGACCAUGAUAGGUUUUUUUUUGUUUGUCAUUUGGAUCAUUUUAACAAGUAAUCUACUUUUUUUUUUAAGAGCAUUAAUUGAGACAUUUUAUGAUAUCGAUGACAUGACAUUCUGCCUUGUCACAUAUAACGGUUACAAUUUGACUGGUAUUAUAACAUGCAUUAUUAUAGGGUGGAAGGGAUCAAUGUGUACGUCCCAAAUUGACCACUGUUGCCUAUACGUAGGGCCCAUUGUAGUUUGCUACAGACAAUAGGGUGCCAUUUGGGAUUUAGCCACUGUAUUAUCUGCUUCAGUACUUCCUUCCUGAUCUAUUGCAAACACUUCCACAUUCUUCACCUUGAGUGUAUUGAUUGUUUGGCCCACAAUUGUUUAGUGUUUUGAAUUCAAAUGAGAUAUUUUGAUGGCACCUUCAUUUCAAUAGGCAACAUGUUUUAAUGUAGAUGGUAAAAGCCUUCUAAUUUCCACAUUAAAGGUUUGGUAAUGAA